AGUAAAACGUGAAAAAUCAGUCUAGCCACAUUGUUUUCAACUGCUGUCAGCGGUCAAGAAAAUUUUUAAAAUUCGUAACAAAUGUGAAAAGGAAGAACAACACAAAAGUAAUUAUUUAAAACGACAUAAUUAUGAAGUACUUGACCAAGCGACAGCGUAAAAGAAAGAAAGUGCAACUUUUAAAUAGAAUCGGACAGACAUAUUACAAGGCGACAGAAACAACAAAAAUAAGAACAACGACAACAUUAACGACAACAACAGAGUACGAAAUCGCUGUUAAUGAUGACAAUUCUAGUAAUAUGGCUGUUAUCGAUGUCUGCGACAACAACAACAACAACAUCAAACUGGACAUUGAGACAAAAAUAAAGAAAGUGUUCCUGCAGGUUUCCAAGUUGGUGUGUAACACCAAGAUCAUCGCCAAGGGCGGCUCAAAACAACACCACCAGCAACAACAAAAACAACAACACAAAGGAACAACGACAAAGACAUGCGAAACCAAAGUGCUGCCGAAAUUAAAUUACAAUUCAACAGAUAAACGACGCUUUUUCUUAGGCUGUAACACAUUUCAUAUACCAAUCGAUCGGGACUUAAAGUGUUAUUAUCAUCGCAAUGUGCCGCUAACAUUGGCCAACUUUAUGGACUUGGAUCGUCUGGACGAAUGUCCCGGACCAGACAGUACAACAGCAAAGGGAGAAGCAGGGACAACAUCGACGCCGGAGAAAUCAAAAGCAACAGAUCAUUCAUUUGGCGAUCAGCAGGCAAUAAUAGUGACAACGGCCGAUCCACCGAUGUCCAGCAGUUCGGGGACGAGCACCUACAGCAUUCCCGAUAGUCGUGACAGUCACACAGACAGUCAAGACAGUCAGGAGGAUAGUUGCAACGGCAGCCUGACAGACUGCAGUCCACUUAGCCAGGACAGCGUGACGACGGACAGUCAAGAGGCGAGUGGUGCUAGCCGUGAGGAUAUACGGGAGCAAAGCGACAACAUACACGACAGCCAGGAGAUACAGGACAUCGAAAACAAACGUCACAUUCGAGACAUUCAGAGCAUUCAAACCAUAGAGCCGAAUAAUAUAGCAACACUUGAAUCAUCUGUUGUCCCGACCUCCGUCAACGAGCUGUUGAUACAAUUUGCCAUCAAUACGCCGUAUCCGGAAUUGGCGCGUCUAACGCUCGCCAUGCUGCAGAACACGGCAUUUGGUGCACUGGCCACUGGAACGCCCAGCACUGUGGGCAACAUACCAUCCUAUGAAUUCUGGCCGCAUCCCUAUCAGCUCAACGACGAUACGACUGCUACCCCAACGACAACAACGUCAACUCCCGAGCUGGAUGCGCUGCCCUCAUGCAGCUUGCGACCCAUUGGCUAUGAGACCAAAUGCAAGACCGAGCAGCCUCCACCACAGCAGCUGCAGCAGCAACCGGAACAGUCGCAGUCCACUCAGGAUCAGCAGCAGGAGGAUGAGGACUCUUGGCGUACCAGCGCUGGCAGCAUGUGGCAGCCGUGGUUGCAUGAGCAACAGUCGCCGGAAUACGAUCCGAAUCCCAACAGCAUUGUGGACAGCAUCAAAUGCAUUUUGCAGCGUUACAAGCAACUCGAGGAGCACAACGACAAUUGGGCCCAUUGGGGCAACAAUCAGAAUGGCAGCAUCUGGAGUGUUGCCGAGCCGCAACUGCAACAGCAACAACUGCAACUGCAGCAACAACAACAGUCGACAGAUCCGAGUUGGGAUCAACGCAGUCAAACUGUAAUGGCAGCCUCGCAACUCUAUGGCAGCAACACUUUACCCAAUUAUGAACAACAUAUGCCCAUUGCAACAGCAAUCGUCCCUUCUACUAGUACAGCAGCAGCACAACCAGAUAGCAGCAACAGCAAUCAACCAUUUGGACGCAACAGCAACAAUUGUAAUGCGGCUCGCUACAAUCAUAAUCGCAACUUUGUCAACUAUAAUGCACGCGUUGGCGGCAAUCGUAUGCUCUACCAGCAACAGCAACAGUUUCCACUUCAGCAACAACAACAACAGCAGCAACAAAUACAACAGCAACAAUCACAGCAGCAACAUGGACAGCAGCAACUUCAGCAACAGCAGCAAUCACUUCAACAGCAGCAACAGCAACAAACAGCACAGCAACAAGCACAACAGCAACAUGUGCGCUAUAAUUACAGCACAUCCAAUAAUUCCAAUCAGCAGCAGCAACAGUUACAGUUACAGCAGCAACAGCCAUUGCAGCAGCAAACUUUACAGCAACAACCAACCUUGCCUCAUCAACAGCAACAACUGACACAAUUGUCGUCACCGCAGCAACCUUGGCAACUAUAUCAGCAAUUUCGUCAGGCCAGGCCACGCCCCAAUUUCUAUCCAUCACGUUUCUACAAAGGCAACAACGGUCACAGCGGCAAUGUGGCGCGUAAAUAUUGCAGAUAUUGUUGCUUCAAUGGUCGCUAUGCCAGCAACAUGCUACACGCCAGCAAUUGCAGCUAUUACGGCGGCAACACCAAUAACUAUGCAAACAGCAACAACAAUAACGUGGCCAACAUGGAUGUGGCAAUGUUAAACAUGUCGCAGGAGGAUCUAGAUGCUGCACAAAUGUAUGCCAUACAUGGCGAGCAAUUCUUUGAAAUGCCGAUGGGCAGACGCUAUCAGGGCACUUCAUAUCCACAACCAACUCCAAUGACAAUGUCGCCUGCAGCAGCAGGAGGAGCAACAGGAGCACCGCCUGGAUUGGGCUCAUCGACCCUGGCACCGCCAGCACCGUCACCCACACCCAGCGACAUGUAUCACAGCAAUGGCCAAUACAUCAGCGGCUGGCAAACGACACCCAUGUCAAUGUAUUCGGUGCAGCUGGCAACAGCAAUAUCGCCAACAUCAACGUCCACACAAUCAUUAGCAGCGGCCACAUCGUCAUCGUCGUCGUUGUCAGCUGGGUUGACGGGUCUGCAGCAGCAGCAGCAGCAACAACAACAGAGUCAAGUGACGGCGCCAGCUUGCACCGAUGCAAAUCUAUACACAGCCAAUUUUCCGCCAUUGCCGGCGCCAAAUCAAAAGCGUCAGAAUUACAAUAAUCACAACACGAAUUCGAAUCACCACAAUCAAAAGGAUUAGGUGAUCGUUUUUCUGCAUAAACAAAAGCAAACGCGUCCCGUACUUCAAUUUGCAUCUCAAACAUUGUUCUCAAAUUAUAUUUACAGACAUUGUCUAUCGUUGUAUUGAUUUCGUGUGAAGUACGUCGACCGAAGCUUUGUUUAUGCAUUCCUUGAUUGGAAGUCACCAACAACACAAAAUGACACCAAAAUCUGUUCUCAAAUUAAAGUUCAACUUUCUGGAUUUUGUUAUUGUUUAGCACAAAUUAGACGCUCAAUGUGUGUUAGUGUUAU